ACCCACAGCGCAGCCGCCAUAUUCUGCAGACAGAAGGGCAAUGGCGGCUCGCUUGCGUCGCUGAAACUCAUCCGGUUAAUUUCCUUCGCGGACCCUUCCCACUAAUAUAUCCAAAAUAACAAUACAAAUCGUAGUAAUAACAAUAAUAAACAUGGAUGAACAUCCAAUAGGGAUGUCCUCACAUAACAAUUCCGGAGGUCCUUUGCUGGGCCCGGGAAGCAACGGCAGCAACAACAACGGCGUCCGGCAGCAGCAACAGCAACAGGGUCAGCUAGAGGAACUACAGCAGCGGCCCCAGUACACUAUCCCCGGCAUCUUACACUAUAUCCAGCACGAGUGGGCCCGCUUCGAGAUGGAGCGAGCGCACUGGGAGGUGGAGAGGGCCGAGCUUCAGGCUCGGAUAGCAUUUUUACAAGGAGAAAGGAAAGGUCAGGAAAACUUAAAGAAGGACCUAGUAAGAAGAAUAAAAAUGUUAGAAUAUGCUUUAAAACAAGAACGGGCAAAAUAUCAUAAAUUAAAAUAUGGCACAGAGUUGAAUCAAGGUGACUUAAAGAUGCCAACAUUUGAAUCAGAAGAAACCAAAGACACAGAGGUGCCAUCUGUACCUCAGAACAGCCAGUUGACUUGGAAGCAAGGCAGGCAGUUGCUCAGGCAGUAUUUACAAGAAGUUGGUUACACAGACACCAUUCUAGAUGUACGAUCACAGAGAGUACGAUCAUUACUGGGCCUUUCUGGGCCUGAGCAGAAUGGAUCAGUGGAAACAAAAAAUUUGGAACAGAUUCUUAAUGGGGGAGACUCACCAACUAAACAAAAGGGGCAAGAAGUUAAAAGGAAUGCAGGCGAUAAGCCAAGGGGAGGCCUAGCUGAAGCUGUUCUUGAAACAUUUAACUUCCUAGAAAAUACAGAUGAUGAUAGUGAUGAUGAUGAAGAGGAAGGUGAAAUGGUGGAGGACAUCACGGACAGCAAAGAAAAGCUUAGAAUAAACAAGAAACACAAAAUCGGUAAUGAGGGAUUAGCUACUGACUUGCCUGAUGAUACUGAAGAAGCUUUGAAAGAAUUUGAUUUUUUAGUGACAGCUGAAGAUGGCGAAGGAGCUGGGGAAGCUAGGAGCUCUGGGGAUGGAACAGAAUGGGACAAGGAUGACUUCUCCCCAUCUUCGGAGGUUUGGGCUGUAGACAAGGGACUAAUAAGUAAACUGAAGGAACAAUACAAGAAGGAGCGGAAGGGCAAGAAAGGGGUGAAGAGGGUAAACAGGUCAAAGCUUCAGGAUAUGAUUGCAGAUCUCAGAGAUGAUGAGCUGCCUCACAUGCCAUCUGGAACCAUGAUUCAGUCCAGGCCAACCUCUUCCAGACUGGCUGAUCAUGACAGCUCAAGAACAGAAGAAGCUGAGCCGCUGGCUUUUCCCUCUGGAACUGGCAAAUCAUUUAUUAUGGGUCCCGAUGAUGUGCUAGAAAGUGUCUUGGGCCUUGGUGACCUUGCAGACUUGACAGUAGCAAAUGAUGCAGACUUCAGUUAUGAUUUACCUGCUAAUAAGGAUGCAUAUAGGAAGACAUGGAAUCCCAAGUACACACUACGGAGUCACUUUGAUGGAGUCCGUGCAUUAGUUUUUCAUCCCGUAGAGCCUGUGCUGGUUACAGCCUCUGAAGACCACACCCUUAAGCUUUGGAAUCUCCAGAAAACUGUCCCUGCCAAAAAGAGUACCUCAUUAGAUGUGGAACCAAUUUAUACAUUCAGAGCCCAUAUUGGACCUGUACUGUCUUUGACAAUUAGUUCUAAUGGUGAGCAGUGUUUCAGUGGUGGAAUUGAUGCUACAAUACGAUGCUGGAACAUGCCAAGUCCCAAUGUUGAUCCAUAUGAUACAUAUGAUCCAAGUGUCCUAUCAAAUACAUUGGUGGCACACACAAAUGCAGUAUGGGGUCUUUCAUUUAGUGGAAUAAAGAACCGGUUGCUGUCUUGUUCAGCAGAUGGCACUAUUCGGUUAUGGAACCCAACUGAGAAGUCACCUUGCCUUAGUACUUACAAUGUAGACGGGGAAAAUGGAAUCCCUACAUCAGUUGACUUUGUAGGUGCUGAUCCUGCGCACAUUUUGGGUUCCUUUAAUAGUGGCAACACAGUCAUUUAUGAUAUUGAAACUUCUCAGCCUUUAGUGAUGUUGGCAUCGCAGGUAGACGCCGCUUCUCCUUUAGCCAAUCAGAUUAAUAGAGUUGUCAGCCAUCCCACAUUGCCUGUGACCAUCACGGCUCAUGAAGAUAGACAUAUUAAGUUUUUUGAUAAUAAAACGGGUAAAUUGAUCCAUGCUAUGGUCGCUCACCUGGAUGCUGUUACUAGUCUGGCAGUAGAUCCUAAUGGAAUCUACUUGAUGUCUGGAAGUCAUGACUGUUCUAUACGUCUGUGGAACCUGGAUAGCAAGACAUGUGUUCAAGAAAUUACUGCUCAUCGGAAAAAAUGUGAUGAAUCUAUUUAUGACGUAGCUUUCCAUCCAUCAAAAGCAUACAUUGCUAGUGCAGGAGCUGAUGCCCUAGCCAAAGUAUUUGUGUAACAAUUGCUAAAAUAUUUUUGCCCCAUCAUAGCAGGUGAGCUGGAAAUGAACAGGAAUUGCUUCACUGCCAUUAGUAACCUGGUUAUUAUGUAACACUAAGUACUACUCUGUUCUGCCUGGGCAAUGCUCUUCCUGAUAGAUGAUCAUAGGCAGGUGUCUUGUGGCCAAGUAUCACCAAAUCCUUGAAUAACGUCAGGCAAAACCAUUUAACUGUAAUUACUGUAUCUAAAAUAAAACACCAGUAUUUGUAGCCUUGACUGGAUUUGAACUGAUCUACUUUACUGUAAUGUAGAUGUUUUCAACGUUAUGUGGAAGUUACUCUUACAACAGUAAAUACUUUGGACUCUUGUGUCCUGCCUUAUGGUUGGGAUUGUGGUGCAAUGGUGGGCAGUGAACUUACAACUAAACCAUUGAAUGUCAUCUUCAAUUCCUUUUAUUGAUUUUCCAACAUCAACAUACUUUUAGUCGACUUUAAGCAUUAAAAAAAUUAAAUAUAUUUUAACCUUUGUUUUACAGAACUUUUGACAGGAUGUCUAGUUUUUAUAAGUCUUUUGUAUAAUUUUCCUGUCAGAAUAAUGUUUCAAAUAGGGUUAAUACUGAAAUGUUUGAUUUGGUUACAACCCAAUCAAACCAUCCUCACUGACCCACUAUUAUGUAACUACAUUCUUCCCUUGCCCAAAUUAAAAUCCUCAGUAAAUCCUUCCAUAUGGAUGCUAUUUUAACAUCACUAUAAAAGCUGUUAAGUGUAAUCAUUGAAAACUGUAAAUGUGUUGCGAUGAAACACAGGGGGUUUAAUACCCGCAAUUAACUCUUUUAAAAAAAAUUGCAGCAUCCUAUCACUAUGUGAUAUUUUGUACAUCUUACUGUAUUUACAAGUUUAUUUAUCAAGGGUUAACCAUCUUAAUGCUAUUGGCCUACUGUUAUUUAUUUCAUUUUUCUGUUGGUCUUUAUAUCCCUCAUGUUUUGUGUGUGUUAUUGAGUCCUGUAUAUCUUUGUCUAGCAUGGGACUUUUACAAAAGACUAGAGCGCUCUCAAUAUAGGUUUAAAAUGGAACACUGUUUAUAUUACAGCCCAGGAUUUCCUGUCAGAUUACUUGCUUUAGGGGCUUCACCCUAAUCCUGUGUAACUGAAAAAUUUGUGUGAAUUCUGGAGUGAAAAGGUUUUAUUUUGGAUUAAAUAUAGAAUAUUGAAAUAGCCAAAUCAAGAUUCAGAAAUCUGCUGUGUUUGGUCUAGCUAUCCCAGCUUUACAAAGUGCUUCAGUUAAUGGUGUAACUAAACAAUUUGUUUGUGUAAUGCAUGAUUAAUACAAUAAAGUAUUUUUUCUAGUC